GUACGACUGGCCGAGUAAAAUGGCUCGAGUGGAUCUUGUGAGUUCUGAAUGGGACCCCUACUGCAGACCAGAGUACAAUGCCAGCACUACCCCUUGUGCACACAUCUACAGCGAUGACAACAUGUUUCUCUACUUCCCAAAUAUGUUCAGCUGUUGCUUCUGCUGCGAGCAGAAGAAGUCUGAUUGGGGUCUCCAGGCGCCAGACUGGCUGGAGGGUGCCAAGUACGAUGGCUCCUACAUCAUCCCUGUCUUCAACGGAUCCUACUCCUACCUCAGUGCAUACAAGUGGGAAGUCAAGAAAUACAGCUACUAUGAGCUUGAGGCAGAAGUGCCUGUGGAUCGGAACAUGGUCAGCUGGCAGCAGGUAUCCAGCGGGGCUGCUAGAUUCUUUGACAACAACCGACACUUCACUGUCGACUCCGACCUAAUGCAGCUGCCUAUUCUUUGCUCCGUUGAUCUCAAGUGUGCAUCAGAUCUGUGCUCAGACUAAAGGCGCGAUGAUAUGCAAAGCGAACUACUUGUAACUGAUAAAUAUUUCUAAAACUGACUCUAAGACUUUCUGCUAUUUCUAUGAUUUUACUGUGGGAGUUUAUUCAGGACAGAGAUUGUCAACUUUCUAAUAGUUAGAAUUAUAACAAAUUGCAUUAA